AUGCCGCCUUUCCCUCGUCUCGGCAGACACAGCAACCGUUCCCAACAAGCCCUUGUCGACCUGCCGGCUGCUCCCGCUGCCGCUGUUGUUGCCGCCGGGGGAGGAACAGGAGAGGCUACUUCUUCGAACCAGGCCCAGCCCCAGAGCUCGAGUCUGAACCCAAGCCCUCAUCUGCCUCCUGGUCAGAGCCAUAGCCAAAGCAACCACCACCACUUCCACAGACCUAACCACCAUAUCCAUACGCACAACCACGCCGAGGCUCAAGGCGCGACCGACCCAUCGCCGUCAAAUACCACAGCACCCCCUUCAGUCAUUUCCACCAACACUACCACCACCAACACCGAGCCGUCGUCUGUCGCCGACCCUCGAGCUGCACACCAACCCCCAGCAUCACAGCUACCUCCAUCUCAGCAAUUGGCACCAGCGCAGCCGCUCCCGACUGACAUUGGCAUUGCAAUUAGCGGCGUUCCUCUUCCCCCACCAUAUAAGCAGCAGCCGCAGCCCUAUACUGCCUCGCCCAUCCUAGGUCCAGGCGAAUCUCCAGUCCUCGAAGGCGGGCGAAAUCCUGGCUUUACGCCGUCUCCUAUCCACCGGAGUCAAACCCAGCGAUUCAGCUCGUACGCCUCUAUACCACCGCAGCCCUUGGAGCACCAGAGUCAUCAACACCUGCGCAACCAACUUGCACACGGUAUCGGAUCUGCCUCAGUGGAAGACCUACCUGGAACAAGGCACCAUCCCAACUCGUCCCCCCAACUGAAUUCCUCUGCAGCUCCCGAGAAACGGUCGAGGCGCAAUUUCAUCAAGGGCAUCUUUUCGAGCAACAGCCGUUCUCACAACGAUCAGCAUCAGUCCUCAUCACACGGCUUCACACUCGGACAUCAUAGAGGUCAGAGCUCUCUUUCCUACGAAAACGGCGUGGGUCUGACACGUCGACAAUCCCGCCGGGCGAGCAACCUCCUUGAUUCGCAAACCCAGUCGCCCAACACAAGCCCGAACCUCUCGGAUCGCGACUGGCACGGCCCAGGCCCAAUUGUCGGCCCAGGCCAAGUCUACCAGCAGAGAGCUGAACCCGCUCCGUUAGCAGGCAUUGGAGAAUCUGCUCAGAAUCAAUAUACUGGCCCCGAGCCAAUUCAAUCAACACAAUCGCCCUCGGUCCAGCACCUUGUUGAAAGCCCGACUAUACGGCAAGUCAACCCCGAGUCUGAUUCGUCGCCGACCUACGACGAAGUGGGUUAUCACCAAGGCCAGCCAAAUCAGCAGGCCCAAAAAGAGGUGGCUCCCCCUCCACAUCCACCCCCCACCCAGCAGCAGCAACAGCAGCAUUUACAGGCCCAAAGCCAAACCCCACCCUCCCAACAGCCCCACGCUCAGGCACUCCCACAAGCACAAGAACAGGCUCACGGGUACAACCACACUGGGUUUGACCAGCAGCAACAGCAGCUGUAUCAUCUCGCCAACACUUCUCCCACCCAGCCCCAGCACGGCGAGGAGCCGCGAAUUUUCCCCGACACCCAUUCUGCUGCCGCCUCCGUGCAGUACCCGAAUUCUGAAACGCUGUCGCAGGUGUCUCACGAGUCUCCAAUUGCCACCGAACCAGACCAGCGGGCCAACAACCAGCAACCCGCCCAGAUCUUGCCCAACGUGGAGCACCCCGCGCGAACCCAAGAGUCUGUCUCGUCGACCCCGAACUUAGCACCCGCGCAAUUAGCAAGCUCAUCUGUCCAACAAUCGAGCAUGGCCCCGCCACCGGGAGCACCCCCCUCCAACCAGCGGCCUGCUGGCGGCGACAGAGAGCCCAGGCCUGUGGCUCUUCGAAAUCAGGCUGAGGUCCCUCCAGGUGUCCCUCCAGGACCCCCUCCUGGGUACCGCCAAAACAAUUCAUCUGCCGGCCAGUUGACCCCUCUGCAGCCUGGAGCCCCCCAACAAGGCCAACCUGGACCUCCUCCUACUCCCUACACAUCAGGCGAUCAUGGACGCCAUAGCCCGGCACCGCCAGACCACGGCGAAUCAGAGAAGGCAUUUAAGGACCUACUCACCAAGUACAAGAAUGUCAAGCGUCUCUAUUUCGAUGGAAAAGCACAAAUCGAGAACUUUGGGCGACAAAUCGAGCAGCUUCAGAAUGCGGUGGCCAACCAGCGCAUGUCCCAAUCUAGAACAGCCCUGGACGAUAGCGAGUAUUCCAAUAGAUUCAAUAGGUUAAACGGAGCGAUCAACAACCUCGCCUUCAACAUUCGCAAGGACUGGCGAUCUGCCCCUCCCUGGCUCGCGGCAUACGUGAGCUCGGAUGCAUUGAAAACUGGCAAACAGGAGAUGACGGCUGUGGGAAGAGCUGUUAUCUCCCGAUGGUUGAUGGACCAGAUUUUUGACAGGGUCUUCCAUCCUGGACUGGAUCCUGUAUUGAGCUCUCAUCUCAAGGGAAUCGAGUUGAACAUUCGUGGAAGCGCUUACACAUUGAACAGCCAGGAAGAAUUUGACGCACUCACGACUAAGAUUGUUAAUUGGCGGAUGGCCACGCUCGACGGGCUGAAUUCCGUCUUGAACUCACCCGCCACGACUGAACAUCGACAAAACUUAACGUCCAUGUCCACUUCCAACCUGACAGCCGAGCUCUACCAGUACCUUAACGAGCCUCCUCCGCCUGGAGUAGAAGGAAGCGCAUCCAUGAUUGUAGAACUCGCAAUUGGAAUCACCGCCAACCUUCCCCUUGAAAGUCGAGAUGUCGCCAUUGUUUAUCCUCUGCCAGGCGACCUCGUCCAGCCAGGAAUUAUGGAGAUCGAGAAGGCGCCAUUACCCCCCUUGGAUGAUACGGACUCUGGGGACGACAAGGAGGAGAAAGGUAAGAGUCAAACGGAAAAAUAUCCUAGCCAGACGAGGAACAGUCUUGGGGAUACCUCUCCAUCUAGCUGGACUGAUGGCGCCGCCUCGACCUUAGAACCAACAAGUGCUGACAAGGGACUCAACCCAGAUGAACCGAGGGUGCGAUUCGCCGGAUUUCCAGCUCUGGAAGUGCGUGGUAGACAGGUAUUGAUGAAGGCACCUGUCUGGACACUGUGA